AUGGUAGAAGAUGGUAGGUAUGAGCAAUAUCCAUGGGGGAAAAUAGCAUUUUCAAAAUUGAUAAAAGGAAUGUGUCAGGAGUUUUCAAAUGCCAAACAAAUGUAUCAUCUAGGCGACAUGCCAUACACUCUGAAUGUUUGGAUAUAUGAAUGUGCAUCUCAAGUUCCCUCUGAAAUUGCUGUAAGAGUGGGUAAUAAAAUUCCCAGAAUUCUUAACUGGUGUGUUGUCGCCGUGAAGCCAAAAUUUGAGACCUUCAUAUCUACCAUCUUCAGUGAGUAUUCAUGCUUCAACAUUGUCCAAUCUCAACAUGAAAUGGAAUCUAUUGUCAUUCAUGGCAGCCAACAGAAACCUGAAGCUUCAACAUCGGCUGCCAGGGUCAAUUUCAGAAAACCUCAUGAAGUCCCCGGAUUUGAGGACUUUUCAACAACACCACCCACAGAAUUAUUAAAAAGAUUCAGUCAUGUCGCUGAUACAUCUUCUCUACCUCCUUCCAAAAGAAUGAAGACUUCCCUUGCUAAAAAGCCAAUUCAAGUAGAAAUAGCCAACAUGCACAAGGAUUUUAUACCACUAAAUGAAUCAGAAAAGCCUGUUUCUUCUGAAAAUAUACCAGGGGCGAAGUCAGCUGUAGGAGGUGAAUCUUCCGGUCAUUCGGAUCAAAUUAUUCAUAUGCAAUUCAAAGCAUUGAAGAAGUCCAUAAAUAAGUCUCUAAAGAGAUACGUUGACCGAAAGUUCAAGCAUUUGGAGAAUAAAAUUGAUUCAAAUCACAUUGAUCUUUUGAAAGCCAUCGACGGUAUGGCGAACCGAAUGACUGGCACAUUAUCUCAAGUUAAAACAGAUGAUUUUGAUCAAACAUUCCAUGUGGUUGAACAACAAGAAGCACCUACUGGAUUGGAGGUGCACAAUUUUGCAAAUAAAUCUGACCCACUCCAACAAAAUUACCAAUCUAAUGUCCAGGAAGAUAUUAAGGGACCUGAACCAUCCACCAUGAUAAAACAGAUGGAUAAUAUAUCAGAACAAAACAUUUCAGCAGAUGUUCCAGAAUUAUUUGAUCAGCAAGUUUAUUCUGAUACAUUAAAGGAAGAUGAACCAUCCGUCAAGAUACAAAAGGUGAAUGAUGUAUCACAAUAUAACAUUGUAGCAGAUGGUGAACCGAAAACAUUAAUUUUUAUACCACAAUUGAAGGAUAUAUCAGCAUACCAAAUGGAACCACAAAAAGCAAAUACUGAUCAGCUUAUUGCUGAUUCUGAUACAUUACAGAACACUGGAAAGAAAUAUGGAAGAGUAGCCGAUGAUAAAAUUGACAAAGUAGAAGAGCAAGUUGAGGAGAUUGAAAAAGAAAAAAUCAAACCAAGCAUAUCGAAAUCCAAUACUUUAGCACCAUUUUCGACCAAAACUCUAGAUGUGAUAGAUGCUCUAAUAUACGGACUUCCAUUACCAGCCAUGCCAUUGACAGCUGUUACUCAUGAGCAAGUUCAGGAUGAAUGUCUAUUACGCAAUAGCCAGCUACCAACCACUCUUCCAUCAAAAGCCAAUGUAUUGUCUGACGAUGUGAAGACACCAUUUCAAAGAAGCAGGAUUCCUUCGAAGAUCUUACAGUCGCCGUAUCUUUGA